AUGCCUCAGCUACCAUUAUCGCCACCAUUAACAUCCGCAUUGGAUCUCAUCGGCAAUACUCCAAUGGUUCAACUCGGUUCCCUACCCAGAUCCCUCGGUAUUAGAGCCCAAGUAUUCGCAAAGCUAGAGUAUUAUAACGCGGGAGGCUCAGUGAAGGAUCGAGUGGGUUUGGCAAUGGUAACGGCGGCCGAGAAAGAAGGUCGUUUGAAGCCCGGGGAUACGAUAAUUGAAGCGACGAGUGGAAAUACGGGAAUUGCAUUGGCGCUUAUCUCCGCAAUCAAGGGGUACAAAUGUAUCAUUACGAUCUCUGAAAAAAUGUCGGAAGAGAAGAUUCUGAUUCUGAAAUCGUUGGGUGCUACAAUUGUCCGGACGCCGGCUGGUGUGCCGAUAGAACCACCAGAAUCUAUCAUUAGUGUAGCUAAAAGGCUACAGAAAGGAACCCCUAACUCCCAUAUCCUCGACCAGUACAGAAAUCAAAACAAUCCAGAGGCGCACGAGUUAGGUACAGGACCUGAAAUAUGGGCGCAAUGUGAGGGAAAAGUGGAUGCUGUUGUUGUCGGUGCAGGUACUGGAGGUACUAUAACGGGAAUCGGUCGUUGUUUAAAGCGAUUGAAUGAGAAUGUCUACAUCGUGGGCGUGGACCCCGUCGGGUCCGUCCUCGCCCAGCCAGAGGAAUUGAACGAAAUAAAACGAGAAUACAAAAUCGAAGGGAUAGGAUACGAUUUUGUACCUACAGUCUUGGACCGGAGCAUCGCAGAUAUCUGGCUUAAGACCUCCGAUGCAGAUUCUUUUAACUAUGCGCGAAAAUUAAUUAAGGAAGAAGGGUUACUUUGUGGAGGUUCGUCCGGUGCUGCAUUUGCCGGUCUUGUUGAAUUUCUGAAGUCGCGACCUGAUUUAAAUUGCGAGGGAACGAGGAUUGUUUUAAUUCUGCCGGAUGGGAUCAGAAACUACCUAACAAAAUUCGUCGAUGAUAAGUGGAUGGAGGUCAAUGGAUAUUUUAACUAUAUUUAG